AGUUUUAAAAUCCUAUUAAGUGAAGCUCGUCCUGAACUUUCUCCCCCCAUCGAGGAGGCUGAAGUGGUUCAGUCCAUGAUAGCGGAAGUGCUGACAGCGGACUGGAGAGAGAGCAAGUAAAGUUCCAGACACUCGGUCGAGUUUGUGUUGAUUUGUGUAGACGACAGCAGAAGCGCCACAGAGAGACCCCGAGAUGCGGCGAAAGCAGAAGAGACUGCUGCAGAUCGCGCUGCUGCUGCUGCUGGUCUUUCUGUUCCUGCCGAGCGUCGGCUUGUGGUCCGCGUCUCUGGAGCGAAUGUUUGACAGCUCUGUGGACGCCGCCGCACUCUCGCGCGCACAGAAAGUGAACAAGGUGCAGAAUGAGGGCGUUCGGAGGAAGGACUGGCACGACCAUGCCCUCAUUAGGAGCGAAGCGGCACGUUCAGGUGUCGGCGAGCAGGGCCGGCCGUAUCCGCUGACCGACUCGGACCGCGUGGACCAGGCCUACAGGGAGAACGGAUUCAACAUAUUCGUCAGCAAUCGCAUCGCCCUCAACAGAUCCCUGCCUGACAUCAGACACCCGAACUGUAAGACGAAGCUGUAUGCAGAAGAUCUUCCCAACACCAGCAUCAUCAUCCCCUUCCACAACGAGGGCUGGUCGUCUCUGCUGCGCACCGUUCACAGCGUCCUCAACCGCUCGCCUGCGCAGCUCAUCGCCGAGAUCAUCCUCGUGGACGACUUCAGCGACAAAGAGCAUCUGAAGGCUCCUCUGGAGGAGUACAUGGUGCGGCUGCCGAAGGUUCGAAUCCUGCGCACGAAGAAGCGCGAGGGUCUGAUCCGGACCAGACUGCUGGGUGCCGCGGCGGCGAAGGGUCAGGUCAUCACCUUCCUGGACUCACACUGCGAGGCCAACGUCAACUGGCUCCCGCCGUUACUGGAUCGCAUCGCAGAGAACCGGAGGACGAUCGUGUGUCCGAUGAUUGAUGUGAUCGACCACGAUAACUUCGGCUACGAGACGCAGGCCGGCGAUGCGAUGCGAGGGGCUUUCGACUGGGAGAUGUACUACAAACGCAUCCCUAUCCCAGCUCAGCUGCAGAAACCAGACCCCAGCGACCCGUUUGAGUCUCCGGUGAUGGCAGGCGGUCUCUUCGCUGUGGACAGGAAGUGGUUCUGGGAGCUGGGAGGAUAUGACAUGGGUCUGGAGAUCUGGGGAGGAGAGCAGUACGAGAUCUCCUUCAAGGUGUGGAUGUGUGGAGGCCGAAUGGAGGACAUUCCCUGCUCACGCGUGGGUCACAUCUACAGGAAAUACGUUCCCUAUAAAGUGCCAGGUGGAGUGAGCCUCGCCAGGAAUCUGAAGCGUGUGGCCGAGGUGUGGAUGGAUGAGUACGCAGAGUUCAUCUACCAGCGGCGGCCGGAGUACAGGCACCUGUCUGCUGGAGACGUGUCCACACAGAAGGAGCUCAGGAGCCGGCUGAACUGCAGGAACUUCAAGUGGUUCAUGAGGGAAGUGGCAUGGGAUCUGCCCAAACACUAUCCUCCGGUGGAGCCUCCGGCCGCUGCGUGGGGAGAGCUGCGUAACAGCGCCUCGGGUCUGUGCAUGGAGAGCAAACACUUGUCCUCGGGUUCCCCGAUCCGUUUGGAGAAAUGCCUGAAGGGACGAGGCGAGCCGACCUGGAGUCAUGGUCAGGUCUUUACGUUUGGUUGGAGAGAAGACAUACGGGUGGGAGACCCGCUGCACACUAAGAAGGUCUGCUUCGACGCCGUGUCACACAACAGCCCUGUGACUCUGUAUGACUGCCACGGGAUGAAGGGGAACCAGCUGUGGGCCUACAGGAAGGAUAAGAGCCUCUAUCACCCCAUCAGUAACAGCUGCAUAGACUCUGAUGCUGCACAGAAGCGGAUCUUCAUGAACUCCUGCGAUCCCUCGUCUCCCAGCCAGCGGUGGCUCUUCCAGAACACCAACAUCACAGUCUUAGACUCCUUCAACAGCCAUCACAAUGUGUAAAGCUGCCACUAUGAGCACGAGAAUCCACCGGGAGAGUGCGACAGCUUCCUGAUCAUGGAAGUGACGCUGCUCUCUGUGCCUUUACUGAACUGAUGUGCGUCUGGAAACUCUGUUCUGAUCUUCUGACUCCAAACCGCUGGAAAAGCUGAAGCUCUGUCCUUCCCUGCGCUCUCUCAUCAUCAUCAUCUUCUGCUGAACAUGAUCAGUAACAGUGUUUGCAGGGCAGCGUUUGACCGAUGCUCUUCGCCUUCAGUGCAUCUGAGGAACGACUCAAACACCGAUGAUGCAGUCUGUGAUUAGAUGUGCAUCUGUUCAUCAUCAUCAUCAUCUUCACAGAGAACUUGCAAACAUGCCACAGUUUGUCCUUCAGAAAUGCGAAUCUGAUUGAGAGGUUUAUUUAUUUGACUGUUCGGAGUCACAUGGGGUUCCUCAUGAACAACAGCAACCUUUACUGAGCGCUGCUUUAUUAAAACUUGAUUUUAUUAUCCAGAUUCUCUGUUAACAAAUUUAGAUGUACUUGUUGUUGUUUCAUUUUAGAGGAUGAAGUUUUAUUACAAAGGCUUCAAGGCGGUUAUGUGUCGACCCUGUAAAAUCAUAUACAGUUUCUUCAUUCAUUGGGGAAAUCUGAAAGAGUCAGUCCUGUUUCCAUGAUUUGUAGCGUAAUGCUGUUGAUUAAGGAUUACUUUAGAACUGCGUUGCACAGCAGAAGACUAUAUCCUACUAGAUACUUUUCAUUUUAUGCUGUUUUUUCUUUCUUUCUGUGAUGUAACCAGCUGGGAUCCUCUGGUUCUCAGUAAGUGCUUGCACCCAAAGACAGAUCUGUUCAUGUGUCUGUGACUGAAUGAUGCACAUGAGCAACACAAGGGAAACUUGAAUCUAGUCGCCGUGCCUUGCUGGAAGAUGCUGAAAGCACACUGUAGUCUAGUUUUCUAGGUUCGGUGCUGCUGAGCGUUUGACCCAUUUCUACCAUGAAAUAUUUUUACAAGCACUUUGAAAUGUUUCUUUGAUCCGAAGGAGUUUUAAAGUGGAUCUGUCCAGCACUUUCAGACGUGUCUUUGUCCAGAGCCUAUUUUCAGUAUCAACGAUUUUGUAAUGUCUGCCGAUUCUAAAGAAAGCCCUGGUUAUUAUUAUGAUUAUUAUUAAUUCCCUGGGAAUUAUUGCUCCACUGUUAUUGUGUCAAACACAUGUGAAUAAUUGAAGCGUUUAAUACCGGACUCACUUUUGAGCUGAAUGUUUAAAGACCAGCUGUAGGUUUGGUGUUGUGUGAAACUCCUGCUUUGAUGGGUUUCCAGAGGUGUGUGUGUGUGUGUGUGUGUGUGGAAUAUGAAGAUAUGGUAAUUAGUCUCAUGUUGAAUCUUGGGAACCGUAGUAUUUUUUACACUGAUGCAUUAACACGGUUCAGCCACUUUUUAAACUGCUCAUCAUAAAUGAUUAUUAUUCAGGAACGGAUGUGGUAGGUUCAGUUCUGUUAUUUCUCUUUUAAUUUGUAUCAAUAAUGUUUUUGUCUCAAUUCACGUUUGAAUUAUGGCAAAAUUAUGCCAUCAAGAAAAACCAUUACAUCGUUUUUUCUUUUCAUACAAAUGCUACUGUAAAACUGUUCUGGUCUUAUUUUGAAUAGUUUGUAUUUACUUAAAUAAUUUAUCUGAAUUCAAAUGGCGUUUUAUAGCUUCUUUAGGAAAAUGUUGAAAAAGAAGGUUCUGCAGUGAUGGAGACAUGUUUUACCUGAACACACAAGGAAAGGUGUUCCUGAAAUCAUUCAUUAGUUUUGUGUGCAUGAUUGUUCAGAUCUGCAUCUGUUUGUGUGGAGAGAAAGGAGGACUGGAUUCAUUCAGUGAACUCCUCUUGAUUUGUGUUAAAUAAAGACCCUCAGAACCCA